AUGAACCAAGAGAACGACUUCCUCAUCAACGUACGCAGGCUUGUAGCCGCCUACAAGCCCGCAACCGACACUUUCAUACGGUGGGCGCUCGACAGUUGUAGCCAUCCAGCUGUGCCGCACACAACAGAACAAUCACCAGAAACAUGCCUGUUCGAGUUCGAACAAGCUGUCAACGAGCUACAUCGCCAAAGUCGCCGGGUGCCAGAAGACGUGCGCGCCGACUUCAAGCUGGCUCUCGACUGCCGUCACCACGCCACGAGAUUGUUCGCCCAGCAUGAGCGCAGGCAGGACGGUGAGAUCUCGACCAAGACUCGCCGGCACACCAUGUUCAACCAGCGCCUCUCUGAAGCCUAUCACCUGCUCUGCCCUUUACCCUCGCCAGACAACAGCAAAGCAGCGGGUAGCACAGCGCACAAAAAUUCCUUUGCCGUUCUUGCGUCCGAUGAGCGCAUCGAUAAACCCGCCGAUGAGCUGUGGGCGUCCGGACACGAUCACCUAUGGGACCAUGAAUGGCCUUCCUUGACCUCGAGCUCGGUCUCUGCUUCACGCCGCUUGCACAGGGCGAGAUGCGGAAUGCAGUAG